AUGAGUUCACCCUCCAAGCCAGGAACCUUCAUUUCAAGCAGCCUACUCAGUUCUGACCAACCCGGUCCUAUUGCUGCAAAAUUUAAUGACACUUGUGCAAGUGAUGUUCGGAACGGAGCGUCGAAUAAGGAAUACGCCAACAUUCCAUGGUCAGCUGGGUAUGGUUCACUGUCACAGAGCUACAGCCAAUCUCAGCCGCCUCCUAUGCCUAAAAUGGAUACUUCCUACUCAUUCACUAUUUCCAGAGGCCUUGAGAAUCAGCAGCAACAAUCUCAACAGGCUGAUCCACAGACGUUGGCCACGUUGAUUCAGCAACAGCUUGAGGUGAUCAACGAUGAAAUUAAAAUGAUACAAGAAGAGAAGAAGAGUACGGACCAACGUGCGAAGGAGCUACGCUCUCGAGUGGGUGGUGGUGUAAGACAUGGCAACAGAGAUGCUCCCACCUCUGCUUUCACACCCUUCGAAACAGCGGACGCAGGUGCCCAGAUGGGCUGCUGGUCGCCUACCUCGUCACUGCAGCGCUCUACCUACAAGCCCAGUGCCUACACCACAGGUUCGUUACCUCGGCAGCCGCCUCUAAGCCAGGACGUAGAGUUGGUUUACAGAGAUGACGGAAAGUCCACAGUCCCUCCUCCCAUGUCUCAACUAAGGUUGCAUCAGGUGAGCAGAAGUUGGCUGUUACGGCCUCAGCAAAAUUCUUCUAAAUAA